ACCAUAUAGGUGGGUUUUUUCCCAAUUAGUUUCUCACACCUUAUUAACAAAUGAAAAGAAUGAUAUUUGAUUUUUAAACUCUGAUAUGGACUUGGAGUGGGGAUUUAACUGUUUCUAGACUUUUGCAUCAUUUUCCUGUGACUUUAGUGCUCUCGGGUUUAUCUGUGGCCAUCCAAUGCUCUGAAUUAAACCAGAUACACGUGACUGUAUCUGGAGAAUUUAUUGAGGUGUUUAUUUAUUUUUUUUUUUUAGCUGAAAACACCUUCUUUCCAAUGUUUUGCUUCUUUUCCGAGAGUUAAUCUAAAUUUUCUUGGAGGUAAAACACCUUUCCCAAAGGGACCCGUGUAUGAGGGAGCAGUUUGGCCACAGGGUGGAGCGUUCGGAUCUCUGCAGGGAAAAUCCAAAAGCUGCCUGCCUGCCAGCAUCCUCCAGCAGAGAGGGAUGUUGCAAAUCCUCUAAGUUCUCCUGGGAGCACCGAUCCUUGUGGUGAUUUAUGUUCAUACGUGCAAUAAGGGUGGGAAUGGCUUUUGCCCCCGCCCAGGUCUGGAAACAGCAUCUAAAGGUGAAAUUAAUCACCAGGGCGUUGCAUUCAGGGCAGCAAUUCCAGUUUGGCUUCUCGGAUCCUUCACCCAUCUCCUCCUGUCACAUGGAGGUGAAGGGGUUCCCAUCCCACUGAUCACCCCUGGAUGCAUCAAAUUCUUCCCCCAAAUGCAUUUCUGGCACAGAUGGGGCAGGGUGCUGUCCUCACCUGCUCCCCUGCACCGCUCAUGAUGUUCUUUGCCUUCCCCAGGCUCAUCUUGGGCUAUGCUCGACUUGGACCACACAGAGGGAAAGGCUAAGGACCAGCAGCAGAUGCAGGAACUUUACUUAAUAAAUUGCUAAUAUAUCCUCAUUAACAUAAAAGGCCUUCCAGAGUGGAUACUAAGACAAAGAGCUCUUGGCAUUUGUGCAGAUUUAAGGGAACAUCUGUGUUUGUGAUGGCAGAAGAUUCAUUGUGUGAUAAUAAAAACACAGCUUCAAAGGAAAAUAUUUUUACUCAUAAAAAGUAAGACUUUUUAUAAGAACUUUCACUUUUGGUUUUUUUUGUGGUUUUUUUUUUUCCUAGAUGUCACCACUUCCAUAACAUUUUCUUUCCUAUUGAUAGAUAUGCUAUCUAUUUAAAAACAAGAAUAUAUCCUGAAAGGACUAAUUAAACCAUAAAGCAAUAUUUUCAAUGGUUCUGUUUUCUCGUUCACCUUUAUGUGCUUUGAAAUAAAAUGCAAAUCUAAAGGUCUGCACAGGCUGAAUUAAAUAACUUCCUACCUUGUAGUUGGUUUAGUUUAGCUAUUUAAGCAUAUAAACCUAUUACCCAAUUAAACAAAUCAGUAUUGGUUACAACUAAGAUGAUUUACAAGUUGUGAAGUGAUUGCACUCAUUUAAUUAAACCUAAAAAAUAUUAUUUAAUUAUUUUGAUAUGUUUUCUGCAUUUAGGUGUCACCUUAGAAAUAUUUUAAAAUUAAGAAUUAAAUUUAAGAACUGCACAUCUUAAACCUUGAGAAGAAUAUAUGGUGGUGUUUAAAAGUGUGAAAUUUAAAUACUGUAAUGAGAACUUAAUGAUUAUGCCAUAAGCAGGAAAUACAAGAAAGGGGAGUGAAAAAAAUCAGACUUAGUUUGUUGUGUAAUAAUAAUGAAAAGCUAAAUAUUAAUGGUAGGUUGUGAGUCAUAAUUUUCUUACUAAGAUUUAAAUUGUUUUGCUUCAGCUGAGCUUUAGAGGCUGCUCAUGUGCAUCUUCCUAGCACAUCUCAAAUCUUAGAUGGGUUAAUUUAGCAAAGCCCAUGCUGGCUAUUAAAGAGCUUUCUCAAAACAUUCCACCUACAGAGGAAAUCAAACCUACCAUGAGACCAGUGAACACAAAAUAGAUUUACUUACAAAAACCAGCAUGUGUUUAAUGUGUGCUGGCAGGGAGGAGAUCAUUACCACAGCAACUAAGUCUCUUCACUGCUUUAUGAAUUGAGGCUUUUCUUGUAACUUUUGGCCUCAAACACUUGAUGUCCAUAACCUCAGUGAUAAUAAAUUCAGCAGCAUAUAAAGGUGUUUGCAUGGUGAGAUCCUGGGAAGAAAGGACUACUUGAAAUAUAUGUAUCAAGAUUUUGCUAGUGUUUACCUAAUGUUUGUAAACUGCAUUUUGUAUUUUUUUAAUGUUUUUGCACUGAGGGUAGCACCCAUAAAAGCCCCCCAAAUGCAAGCAACAAAAAAUUCCAAGAUCCUCACUUUAAAAAAUGGGUUAAGAAGGGAUCCUCCCUUGAAGAUAUGAGUGUUCCAUGUGGUCUCCUAGGACCUGGGCUAUGAGCAGUUAAUGCAAGGGCUGUGGGGCUGACUUACCAUCCACUGAAAGCAGGGGAAAAAUAUUAUUUUAUUCAUCAUUGCAGUGAUGAAUAAAAUCCCACUGUUCAGCUGAAUCCCAUCCAUUCAGAACACUCAGAAGUUCCAUAGCUGUGUCUUUUACUUUUGAGACUGAAAAGCUAUUAUGAGAAAACUUGUUAUGUUGAAAAACCGAGGGUGCUAAUGGAUUAUUAAGUGUCUGGGUUAACCUUACUAGAGAUGUUUUCAUUGGGAUAACUCAAUUUAAUAUAGUAUAAUAGAAUUUUCUGGUAUAUGUGAAAGUCCAAAUGGUGAUGUGUAAAAGCAAAGAUGAAAAGUCCCUUUGAGAAAUCUGUUUGAAAGCUGAUUAUUUGAAAUCGCUGUAACCUUAUAACUGCUUGUCCUAGUGAUGAGAUAAUGAUAUAAUUUAGAAGUGGGAGGCUUAGUGAUGUAUGUUUCAUUUAGAUUCUUCCUAAUAGGUGACAUUUGUUGAAAGCUGACUCUUGAACUGUGCUGCAUGGCUUUGCUAUCUAUCUGCCUUGGAGCUGUUGGAGAAUGUAAUUGCAUUUUGCUUCAUUUCCUGUAUAAUUUAUGUGAAAAUCCCUCAGUGGUAGGAAAGUACAAAGUCCAGAUAAUGAGUAUGUGACGAUGUAUAAGAUUUAGGAUGGUUGUUUAGGCUGCAGCUUGAACUGCCCGUGACUCAGGCACUUUCAAGGUCAUCUGAUAUUUAGUAAGCUCAGGCAGCACAAUGCUUCUCAGAAUGUAUAAAAUUAAUAACAUGUUCCCUACUUCUAACAAACAUCAGUCUGAAUAUCAUUAUUUUUAGAUAUAGAGGUGUGUCAUUGGGGUAGGGUAAGAAGAAAUGACCAAUUUUAUUGCACUGAGUUAUUGCAGUAUUUAAAGCACACUGUCUUUGUGUGAAAAAUAUUUAAAGUAAUUUUGUGCAAGGGUGUAAUAUUUUGAAGUUUCCAAAGCUUUCCUUUUUUGUUCUGUUACACUUUCAGAGUUUUUCCUUCAUAGUUUCUUGAUCUAUUUCCAGAUCUGAAUUCAGGUGAUGUAACCACAGCCUGGCACCCCCAGCUUUCCCAAGCACAGUGUUGAUGCAAUAUCCUGGAGAGCGAGAGGAAUAAGCUCUUCUCUUUGCAGACAGUAAUUUGAGGAGCUGCAUUUGUGGUCUUUUCUUGGACAAAUGAUGAUUACUGUUUGCUAAUGAGUUCAGUAUUGUGUACCUAAACAACCUCCUAGGUUGUAAUAGAAUUACUAACAUUCCUUAUGCAGUGAAUUAAGCUCAUCUGAAUUUCCUUGCCCAUUUUUUAUGAACAUCUCCUUUGUGAAGAUGUUAGUCAAUAAAAGUAGGUGAACUAAUCUUACUAUUCCAGUGCCAAAGCCUUUAAAAUUAGGGUGGGAUUUUAGCCUGGGAAAUUGAGUGGAUGUUACAAAACCCAAGGAAACUAGAAAUAGAUUUUUAUGGAUGUCUGCUCCAGAUACAUCCCACCUCUUCCAGGGUUUGGACUGGCAACCUUGUCCCAGAUAUCAUCACUCUGGAAAGUCCUGGCUGUUCAGUUACUUUCUGCCACAUUUUCAGUUGCUUUCUUCAUCUAAAAUGACAAAUUUCUUGUUUUUUUAAAUUAAUUUAUUAAAUAGUCUAAAAUUAUCUUCAUUUUCACUGACUCCUAGGCCUGGCUUGUAAUGACUCACAUAAGUCUGGAAAAUAAUUUGGUUACAGUGCUUUCAAAAAGGUCUCUGGUGAAAUGCACACAUCUGUGGGACGCACGCCAGACUGCUGGCAAAGAAAAUACUGAUUUCAUCAUUAGGCAAAGAAAAUACUGAUUUCCUCAUAGCAGAAGAAACAGCAGCUUAUGUAUUCUUGAAAAAUCAGUUUUCUGAUGGUGUCUAGUUACUUUUUUGCCACCUGAAAGUAGAGAGCCACAAGUCCCAGGGACAGUGAGCCAGGUAGGGAAGGGCAGGGCUGCAAGCCAAGGCAUCAGCUGAACUGGCUAUAAAAGCUUUAAUGCUGUUCUGCCCCUCCAUGGGUGUUUGGUUUGGCUUGUGGCUGUUUCUGUUUGUCUUCAGCUCCUUUGCUUCCCUUGGUUUUCUUCCUUAGCCUCUGUCUUAGUACUGGUCUCUAAAACACUCCUGAAAAUUUUGAUUUCAAUAUAUUCUCUUUGGAGUUGUACUGUUACAGAAAUGUAUAUUUUAAUAGUAAUGAAACUCAUCCAAGAAUAAAAAUAGUAAUCUCAUGAUGCUGUAAGAUCAGUUAACUGCACAGGAGGAGCUUUUGAAAUGGAAUUUUUUUUACGUGGGAUGUGAAUUCACAAAGAAAAUUGAACUACAAUGAGAGCAUUCUCCUUGAUCCAAGUGUGAUAAAUGUCAGCAAGAGUUAUGAACAUGCUAAAAUUGAAGAGCAGAACCUACUGUAUGAAAUUAGACUGUCCAAACAAUUUUAGAAGGAGAGAAUGAUUUACCAGAGCUCAAUAGAUCAAUUUUAUUCUCAGUAAGUGAAAACAAUGGCUUUGGCACUGUUACCUAGAAAUCCCAUAAGUGCUCUUAUGUCCAGCUGCAUAUCUGUGUUACCUCUGGGGACUAAACAGGUGAACUGAGAUUCCAAUCUGAGAAUUAACAGUCUGUCUUUGAAGUCUAACUGCUGUGUCUUUUCAUCUUAGCUCUUUCAGCUCUGCAAGUAAAGGUCCUCUAGCUAUGAGGAGCUUCAGUGUUUUCACACAAACCUGGAUGCCCUACAGCAUCACUGCCUAUCACUGGAGUCUGUGAAUGUUUUCAGCACUACUCAUGACUACUUCACUUAAAAAUACACAAGCUGUCUUGGUCAGUGUUUCCAAAUGCUUCCCCCCCACCUUUGUUUUCUGUACUUAUGGAUGUGAGGGAUAAUAUUCUCUUUUUCUUACCAAGAUGACUGGAAAACUUGUCCCUUUCUUAAUUUUUUUACCUUGAAAUUGAGAUCAGCGAUGUUCUGAAUCUCCCAAGCUGGGAGAUUUUGAAAAGUCCUGAGUUGAACUGCAUCACUGGAAUGAUGGGUAAAAUUUAAACUCUACCUCUAUGGGAAUAAAGGAUAUGGGAAAGAAUAAAGCCUACUGUUUCCUUGAAUUGUCAGUAAGCAGAGUUCACCAGCCCAGCUCUUUCCUGGGUAAGUGUUUGAACAUGCAAAAUGAUCCUAUGGAUCAAAUUUGAGUCUUCCUAUUACACACAGAGAGCUGAAAGUUUUGCAGUAAAAGGCUAAUGUCCUGUUUUCCAUCCCGUUAAUAGCAAUUGAAAUCAAAUCUAUAACCCCUGUAGUAUUCACUCAGACUAAAACAAACCCAAGCAGGUUUCUGGAUUCAAUAGAGCAUAUUGAAAUGGGCAGCUGGGUGUUCUGGUUGCUGGACUGCUGGCUGAGUUGAAAAGCAAAACUAAAACCCUCUUUGUGAUCUGAGUUAACACUUGAAUUCUUUAGAGGCUGCUGCAGGGAUCAUGGACAACAGAGGAUAUUGCCAGCUUCAGGGCUAAGUCCUUGAAGCUUGCUUUCCAUUUUCCCUGCAUCCUUCUGUCAGAUGGGCUCGGAAUCCAUAAGUCUCUUGCUGCUCAUUGUGCUUUUAGUGUUUGGUAGUAACUUCACAUGAUGUAUGUGCCUCCAGCACUGGCACUAUUAGAGCUGUAUAAAUGUCAGCUUUAAAUUGUCCCUUUGUUUUUUUUAGAUCCUCAGCUUUCUUCUAACAAAGGGGAACAAAAUUUGUCUGCCUCAUUGACACAUUAACAUACACUAGCCAAUUAAAUCCAUGUCAAUCAGUAAUGUUAGUGUUUUAAUGGGUUUGGUAGUGCUGUAACACCAUGACACUAAAGGAUACUGCUUUAUUUGUGAAAUAGAGUCAUCUCUAGGAAUUAUAGAUGAUGUUAGAUUUUAAUCUCUCCACUGUGGUUCCUUCAGCUGAAAUGCAGGACAUCUAAAAUCUCAAGGAAAGCUAUGAGGCAGGAAUGGUAGUACAGAUAGAGAGAUAUCUGUGUUUCUCUCCUGCAUAUUUUGGAGAUCUAGCUUAUGUCUUCUGGGGAAUUCAGACUGUUACUGUGUCAAAACCUGCCUUUUGGGGCAUUUGGGUGAGUGUUUAUCUGCAAUAUGAGAUUAAUGUUUAUGCACAUGGUGGAAUAAUCAAGGAUGGACUGUGGUAGAGUGGCCUGAGCAGAGGGGCACUUAUGCUCAUGAGCACAGGCAGCAGAACCUGCCCCCAGUGCUGUGCCACUGGCUGAGCUGCAAAGGAAAACAACUACAGACAAGGAAGGACAUUUGAACUAACAUAUUCCUGCUUUUAAAUUAUAUAAUUGAAAAUAUAUCUUGUGGCAUGUCAAAAAAAGUGAUGAUGUGGGUAUGUUUGCAGUUCUCUAAAGGGUGUUCCUGGCAUCCAGAAUAGUUUCUUUGUUUUUCCAGCUAGGAAAAAGUAAUAAGACUUUUUAGGGGAGAAUUCUGGGCUGAUAUGUAUUCCUUUUGGCUGUUUGCUUUCACUCGAUGCAUGGUCUGACAGGGAGAGGAGAGUGGGAUGUUUUCUUUGUCAUGUGAACUGGCAGCCAAAUAGGAAAGCCAUUUAAAGGUUUGUGGAUUUAGGAAUGGUACACAAAGACUGAGAUGUCAAAGAUCUAACAGCCUUUGUUUUAUAGACUUCAAAUGAAAGAAAAAAUAAAACACAGUACAGAAAAAAGUAUUUUUUUUCUGUGAUCCAUCCAUGGUAAGCUGAAAACUGGAGUCCAAAGGCUUUAGUCUCUACAGGGGCUAAGGGAGGUGGGUGCAAGAGAUGCUCAGAGUGAGGUUGGGACUAGAGAGUUCAGUUCACAGAAAAAGCCCCACACAGUGGGUCUUAGCAGGCUUUAAUAGUCAUGCAUAUGACAUAUUCUGUGGUGCAGAAUACAGCUGAACUCUGAAUAGGGGCAUUUCUUUACCAUUCUGAUUUGUGCUAAUGCAACUCGCAGAUUUCUAGGGAAGCUUCACCCAGCUAGCAAACUCUAGGCUUUAUUGUGAGAUACAUUUUAGAAAUGCAGAAUCAUAUUUAUCUGGUCCUUACUUGUCAUCUCAGAAAUUCAGUCAAUUACACCAAAUGGACUUACUCUUCCAAUACUGUAACAAAAGAUAAGGCUUGUGACCACUUAGCCCUUUAGUUAACUAAAUAAGUCUAGGACAAUAGACAGUAAAAAAGUGAAAAGUCUCACCAAGUGGCAAUACUUCAGAUUAAUUCAAGGUGGAGAGAAAAAGCAGCCUGUGCUAUCCUCUACAGGAAAUUUAGAAGCAAGAACUAAAUGUUCUUUUUGUGAGACACUGCAAACAAAAGUUAACUACAACAGACCAUUGAUUUAUGCAAUCAAAAUUGUUGCUGCACUGUGUGCAGAGCUAUUAAGGAGCGAAAAUACCAAGUUAGGAACAAGUAAAAACUCUGCAAACUCUUCCUUUCACUCCCACUUUUUGAGCAUCAAAUUAUGGUUGCAGGAACUAUUAAUAUCUAGUAUUUUUGCCAUGUUUUGAUAAUGGCACCAGAAUAUAUAUAACUUCUAUGAUGGAGAAAAGCCCUAAAAAUUCACUUCCCUGGCCCCAGCAGAGCCUGGAGCAGUUUAUUCUAUCCUGGCAACCAAGCCCAGCACCACAGAGAUGCUGACAGAGAGGUUCUGUUGGUGCUGACCAUAGAAAGGGUGUCAGGAGACUCCACCACUAAAACUGGAAGUCCUGUGGGAGAAUGCCAUUGCAUGUUUCUCUGAUGCUGAAGUCCAAAACACAAACCACCUUGCUUUUGCAGAGCAAGAAGCUUGUGUCAAGCACAGGCAGCAGAAACACCAAGAGCACCUACAGUGUUUGUUGGCAGCACCACUGAGAGCGGGCCAGUGCGGUGUGCUGGGUGGCACUCAGAGGGAUGUCCCUCAUCCACAACAAGGCAAAUCUGGCUGUGAAUUAAGAGUUGAAGCUUUGAAAUCUGCUUCCCACCUUGACCUGGCCUUCGAGGGGCAGUGGUGGGGCUGCCGUGUGCUGUGGCUUUAAGGCACUGCCAGGCAGCAGCAGUUCCUCCAGGCUGGAGCACCAGAACUGAUCCUCUGCUCCACAGGGCUCGCAGCACUGGCUGCUCUCUGCUUAAUAACAUUUGGCUGCUGCUGAGACGCCUGAGCAGCGAGCUCCAGCUGCCUCCCAGCCCUGCAGGGUCCCACCUGCCACCAUGGCAGCAGCACAGGGCUCCCCUGCGCCCAGGGCUGCCAAGUCCUGCAAGAAGCAGCGCACGGUGAAGCGGCAGACUGGCAUCUACACCUACCAGGAGCCUCCCCACAGCAACUCGGAUGACGAUGCUGCUGAGGAGAAGGCUGAGAGCCAUGACCCAGAGCAGAUAUUUCAGAACAUCCAGUACCAGAAGGAGAUCAUGUCCAACAUCCGCUGCCGGCCGUGGCCGAUGAGGCAGAAGCUGAGGGCGCUCAGGCAGGCGAAGGAGAUCGUGCUGAAGUACGAAGGGAGGCUCACGAGAACCAGAGGUUACCAGGCUGCUGGGGCAGAGCUUUGGAAGAAGUUUAUUCGACUUGCAUACAAUUUUGUGGUAAUCUUUAUUCCUUGGGAAAUGAGAAUAAAGAAAAUAGAGAGUCAUUUUGGGUCUGGAGUUGCCUCUUACUUCAUCUUCCUGAGAUGGCUGUUUGGAAUCAAUAUUGUCCUUACCAUAAUGACAGGAGCAUUUGUAGUCCUACCAGAGCUCCUGGCCGGGGCCCCGUUCGGCAGCACAGUCAGCAAGACCAUUCCCAAGGAGAACAUUGCAUCUGCUCAAGACCUGGACACCAUCUGGUCCCUAGGGGGCUACCUCCAGUACUCUGUUCUGUUUUAUGGCUACUAUGGUCGGGACAGGAAGAUUGGGAAAGCUGGAUACCGGCUGCCUCUUGCCUACUUCCUUGUUGGAAUGGCUGUGUUUGCUUACAGCUUCAUCAUUCUUCUAAAAAAAAUGGCAAAGAACUCAAGAAUGAGUUUAGCAAGUGCCUCUGAUGAAAAUUACACUUUCUGCUGGAGACUGUUCUGUGCUUGGGACUAUUUGAUAGGAAACCCUGAGGCUGCAGAGAGUAAAGCUGCUGCCAUAGUCAACAGCAUCAGGGAAGCUAUAUUGGAAGAACAGGAAAAGAAGAAAAGCAAAAACUUGGCAGUGACCAUAAGCUUAAGAAUUAUUGCAAACAUCCUCGUGCUUCUGUCCCUUGCGGGAAGUAUUUACAUCAUCUACUUUGUCGUGGAUCGAUCCCAAAGGUUAGAGCGCACCAAAAAGGAAUUGACUCUUUGGGAAAAAAAUGAGGUCAGUGUAGUUGUGUCACUGAUCACAAUGAUUGCACCCUCUGCUUUUGAACUUGUGGCAGCUCUGGAGAUGUAUCAUCCAAGGACCACUCUUCGCUUCCAGCUUGCCAGGGUUCUUGUCCUCUACCUGGGAAACCUCUACAGUUUAAUCAUUGCCCUCCUGGAUAAAGUGGACAGUAUGAGUGUCACUGACUCUGACGUGAACAACAAUGCAAGUAAUUCUACCAUCUCCUUAGCAACCAACGCUCUUUCUAAGGACGGCAAUUUAACCAUUCCUAAUGUACAAAUUAAGAGAAAUGGCUUUGUCACAUUGGAAGAGCAUCGCACCCAAGGCCUGACAGACUCACUGGUUAACCAAACAAUUUACUUUAACACCCAGAACCCACAGGAUCAGUGCUGGGAGACAUAUGUUGGUCAAGAGAUGCUCAAGCUUUCAAUUAUCGACAUGAUUUUCACAGUUGCAAGCAUCCUGCUAAUUGAUUUUUUCCGUGGACUGUGUGUCCGGUAUUUGAGUGAUUGCUGGUGCUGGGAUCUAGAAAGCAAGUUUCCAGAAUAUGGAGAAUUCAAAAUUGCAGAGAAUGUAUUGCAUUUGGUCUACAACCAAGGAAUGAUCUGGAUGGGAGCUUUCUUUUCACCUUGCUUACCAGCAUUCAAUGUGCUCAAGUUGAUUGGACUCAUGUACCUGAGGAGCUGGGCUGUGCUGACGUGCAAUGUACCACACCAGCAGGUUUUCAGAGCAUCUCGAUCCAAUAAUUUCUACUUGGCCAUGUUGCUGUUUAUGCUGUUCUUGUGCAUGUUGCCAACCAUCUUUGCUAUUGCCAGAUAUAAGCCAUCCUUAAGCUGUGGCCCCUUCAGUGGUCAAGAAAAAAUAUAUGAUAUUGUUUCUGAAACGAUUCAAAAUGAUUUUCCCACAUGGUUCAACACAGUGAUCACUUACAUCAGCAGUCCUGUGGUUGUCCUCCCUGCACUACUACUGUUAUUCAUGCUAAUCUACUACCUACAAAGUAUUGCAAGAUCAUUAAAAUUCACCAACAAUCAACUGAGAAUGAAGAUACAAACAGAAAGAACCGAAGAUAAGAAAAAGGUGGUUCAGAUGGCAGUAGCCAGAAUCCAAAAUCUGGACGCUAAUGACAAAAGACCAGAGCAAGAAACUGAUAUUAUCAGCCAGGAGUCUUCUGUUUGGUCCUCAACACCCCGAAAGAAUGGCAGUGUCCUGAACUUUGAAUCUCCUGUGAGCAAAGGCACCAGAAUACAAACCAUUUCCCAGUCUGUGCCCCAAGCUGUGCCAACAAGUGAUGUUGUGAGACCUGCCAACACAACUCCCACAGCUUCGACCUCUUUAACACCAGCUCCCUCUGUGUCAAGUGUACAGAAACCAAGAAAUGAUCAUAUCACAAACAGAUACCCAAGUGUUGUUCAUAGAAGUGCAAGUGAGCUGUGCAAAACAAAGCCCUACACACCAGUGACUUUCAAAAAGCACACUGAGGAUGUUCAUUCUGACCCUCUCUUCAGAAAAGCCAUUCGGCAGGUAAAUUCCGAUGCCCUUGGGGCGGGGGCUCCUGUAUUUUUGGGAUGCAGACCAUAUGCCACCAGGUAUUUUCUGGUUAAUGAAAACGAGUCUCGCAAAAAAUCGCUCCGUUCUACCUCCCGACUCCAAAGGCAUUUCAGAAAGGAGGAAUCAGGAGACAUUAUUGAGUUGUAUCCACGCCACAUCAGAAGAUACGUGGUCCGAACACCACACCAGAUGUAUUCCCCUCAUCCCAGUGAAGAUGAGGAGGAUGAAGAAGAACUUGAGAAAGAAUUCAUGAACAGAUCCCAUCGCCCUCGCUCACUGUCUGACCUUCACCCGGCAUCACGGUUUUACAUUGGGGAUCACGCUGAUGGCCACAUUCUAAUGAGCAAAGAUCUAGGCAGAGUGCAUUACAAAUCCUGGGAUGAUGGUUUUGAGCAGGACCUGGACAGGCCUCCAUAUGCUUACAAGAAAGUACACCUGAACUAUCCUGAGCCACGUGUGAAACCAAAAUCAAAGCAAAAGCUGGAGCAAUCUCUAACAGAGUCGGAUUCCAUCUCCAUUGAAUCCAGCAGUGAUCCACAGAACAGCAGCAAUGACCAGUACAUCCAGGUCAUUCAUACCAAGGACAAGUACCCAAAAACUGGGGGAAAAGUCACCAAAAAGAAAUCUAAAAACAGUGUAGAUUUAAGUAUGUCUGAGCCUAGUGAACUGGUGUGCUCAAAUGUCUGAGAAAGUGCCCCAGCCUCGUUGUGUUUUGAGCUGGUUUAUGUGCAGCUGUAAUUUACUUGCUGUUGGAGGUCUGUCAGAGUAACUGCGACAUAGUUUUUGUAAGAAUGGUGUAUAUAGCCACUCGAGGUGGGAAAAUUCUUGUGUUUUACUCUUAAUUGUACCUUGCUUUAAUAUCACAACUGAUGUCGUGAAUUUUAGAAAAGAAGGUUAUUCCAAUUUAUUCCAUACUGUUACACUGUCAAAACCCAAAAUCUCUGCCUACUGGAAAAUCAAAAGCCAUGUACUUGGGGCACUGUAAUUAAAACAGUACAGAAAUACAUCAGAUGAGGCUCUUUUUAUCUGACGCAGCCAGAGCUGAAGAUGCUUCCUGAAUAAAUUCAGCAGGGAAUCAGCUUCCUGUAAAC